AUGGGCACUCCGCCAGUUUCAAAUUUGAAAGCUGUGGCUACAACUGAUGUUGAAACGGCGAGAGAUACAAGCCGCCAUGCGGGGAAUCAUGGCGGGGAUGUCGCCGAUGUCGACUACUCGGUCUUCACGAUUAGCCAGCGACGAUAUAUCGUUUUCAUGGCGUCAUGGGCUGGUUUCUUCUCUCCUGUGUCGUCCCAGAUCUAUUUUCCAGCUCUGAACACACUAGCUCGAGAUCUUCACGUCUCGAACUCGCUGAUCAACUUGACUCUGACGAGUUAUAUGAUUUUCCAAGGGCUAUCGCCCAUGUUCAUUGGUGAUUUUGCCGAUAAAGCUGGAAGACGGCCUGCCUAUAUCGUGUGUUUCGCUAUCUACAUCGCCGCCAACAUUGGGCUGGCCCUGCAGAACAACUAUGCAGCCCUUUUUGUCCUACGAUGUCUGCAAAGUGCAGGGAGCAGUACCACGAUCGCCCUUUCGUCGGGGGUCGUCUCUGAUGUGGCCACCGCGGCCGAACGUGGAUCCUACAUGGGCUUCGUCACGGCUGGCUCUCUCUUAGGACCGUCAGUUGGCCCGGUCAUUGGAGGUCUACUCUCGCAGUAUCUUGGCUGGAGAGCCAUCUUCUGGUUUCUAGUCAUCUUCUCGGGUGCUUUCAUGGUUCCAUUCUUGGUCUUCUUCCCUGAGACUGCACGAGGUGUCGUUGGUGAUGGUUCACAACCUCCUCAACAGUGGAAUAUGUCCUUGAUCAGUUACCUCAAAGCGCGAAAAGCCCGCGAGGAAGGCAUCGAAGCUCCCGCCAGCCCACCUAAGCAGAAACUACGGUUUCCUAAUCCUUUAGAAACAUUGGCGAUUGUCGCCCAAAAGGAUACCAGCAUCGUUUUGCUAUGUAAUGCCAUCCUUUUCGCUGGUUUCUACGAUGUCAGUGCCACGAUUCCCUCUAUAUUCAACGAGCUAUACGGUCUAGACGAUCUCCAGAUUGGACUGUGCUAUAUCCCAUUCGGACUCGGUGCUUCUAUUGCGUCCAUACUCAACGGAAAGUUCCUGGAUUACAAUUACCGCCGCAUAGCGAAGCAACGGGGAUUCCCCCUCGCCAAAAACCGCCAUACAGACCUGAGAAAUUUCCCAAUCGAGAAAGCUCGCCUCCAGAUUGCGUUCCCGAUGCUCACAAUUGGAAGUCUUUCCAUCCUGGCGUUUGGGUGGUGCUUGAAUUUCAGGGUUCAUCUGGCUGCUCCGACCACUAUUCUGUUUCUAAUGGGCCUUACACUGACCGGGGCUUUCAAUACUAUCAGUACCAUUCUGGUAGACUUCUACCCGACACAGGCAGCUAAAGCGACGGCUGCUAAUAAUAUUGUGCGAUGCUUGCUCGGAGCUGGCGCAACGGCUCUGAUCGAUCCUAUGCUUGCAGCCAUGGGCCGUGGAUGGUGUUUCACUUUCGUGUCGCUGGUUAUGUUGUCCACAUCUCCGCUGCUUUUGUUGGUCAUCUUCAAGGGACCUAAAUGGCGUGAAGAGCGCCGUCUGAAAGAAGAGGCCAAGAAACUUGAAACGGAGACGAGCCCUACGAGCGAGAAGUGA